GUGUAUUUAUCAACCAUUGAUAAAAUGGAUACACUUUUAUGUUGUAUUAUUCCCCGAUACAAUGAACCUAAAUACAUAUUAGGCAGUGGUGCUAUAUAUUAUCUCUAUUGGGAAAAAUCCAUUGAGGCAUUGACCAGGUUAAUAUUACAUAACCCAACCAUUGUUAGAAAAAUGUUGCUCUGAAAAUUUGGAAAGAAAGAAAAAAAAAUUAUAUGACAACUAUAGCCGAGAAAUAAAAAUUAACCCUUCUAUAGAUUCCACAAAAGAAGAAAUUCAUUAAUAAAAUUUUCUUUUCCAUAGUAUUUAUUUGUCAAAUCUCAAUACAUUUGCACAGGAAAUCUUCACACCGGAGCGGGGAUAGUGACACUCAUCUCCCAAGUCAACCCGAAUUCACAUCCUUCAGAGACGAUUCAAGCAGUUCUGACUACAGAUCUGCAACAACUCACUCGGUAUAUCGUCUUUUUGUUCAUUGACUAGUUUUUUUCGUCUGCCUUUGUGUGUAUAUAUAAAUGAAUUCGUUGUUGUUUAGAUCGAGCGUCUUGUUCCAGAUCUAUAUUUUAUUAUUGCGAGUUCGUCUUUAAGAACGCUAAUUCAUACAAAAUACCCAUUUGAAAUUAUUUAUUUUAUGAGAUAUCAAUAGGUGAAAACGUCAUUGGAACUAUCUUAAUUUUUUUUUAAAAUUGGAUAUUAGUAGUGAGAUCCAUACCGUGGCCACUUUCCAAGCACCAAAAAUAAUAUCCGCCAGACACACAACCUAACCUGAUUAGGGUUAGAUAUAUGCCCAUAGAUCCAUCCGAAACUACAUUUACCAUUAUGCCCCUCCCUUCCUAUUCUAUUCCCUAUAUCGCCUUUUUCAAUUAUGUAGCGUCCUUUCUUCUCAUUACCUGCCGGAAAAAAACCUUAGGGUUUGUCCAGCCCAAAAAGAGAUCAUCUCCCCCCUCCUCCAACCACUCGCCACUGUGCCGCGUGUACUCACUCUCCCCUCCAUUUCCCCUCUCUGGGCCCCACGCCGACGUGACACCAUCGGGUCAAUCCCCCAUCCAAGCGCGUCGGAUCUAAAAGUUGGCGUCUCCCUUUUCCACUGUUUCCGCUAGGGUUUAUUUUUUAUUAUUAUUAAUUUCCUUUUAAUUAAUUCUUCUCGGGGAAAUGAAAGGGAAAAAAAGGUGUAAUGGAAAUGUGAUAAGAACCGCACAUCCACGACACGUGGUGUGAAUUCAUUCGUUGAGACCUCUCUCUCAACCUUUCUGUCCUCGUUGAGUCCUUUCUCUCUCUAGAAGGGCGCUUAAUUUAUGACAUGGCAUGGGACGCUCGUUGGGGAAAGAAAAAAUAAUAAAACCACCCUUUUUAUUAUUUUUAUUUUAACAAUUGCUUUCCUUGUUCUUCAACUAAUAUUUAAUAAAUCCUAAAAAUUAUUUAAUAAUCGGGUAUAUUUCAUUUUUGUAAAAAUCACGACAGCAAAACCUGCUUUUUGUAAGGGACAAGAGAAAGAUAAAAAAAAAAGACACACUUUCUCUUUCUUUCUCUCUCUCUCUCUCUCUCUCUCACACACACACACUUCUCCCUGAAGAAUCGAAAACCUCUCUCCAUCCCCUCUUCUCUUCCUCCUCUCCCCGCGCGCGCUUCUCUCUAGGGUUUGUCGGAACUUCGCACUCUAAUUCUUCCCCGGCAGCUGCGAAUCUCAGCCGCCGGAGGCUCCAGGAGGCGCCGCCGACGGAUUCUGUAUCGGGCAGUACCGGUUUCUCAGCUCGCCGUGGUGGAUCGCCGCUCAAGUCUAUGUAAAGGUCCUUCCUUUUUCUUAUUUUCUGUUAAAAAAAUUUCUAUCUAGCUACGGACGGUUGGCUGUCAGCUGGGGUUUUGAUUGGGCGGGUGGGUUUUUUCGGAUUCGUGUUAUCGGAUUCCUUAGCUGAGUAUAUAUCGGGCUCCCGGGGGUAAAGUAUGGAUUUUUUUUUUGUUUUCUCAUUUCAUUUCGUUUAAUUUCAUUUUCAUUUCCACUGUUCAUUUCGUACGCUUCUUCUAACUCGACGCUUAGACUUCUCGGUGGGUUUUGGAGUAAAAGAAUUUACGGCGGUAUUUCAUGCAGUGUGAAUUUAUUUUUUGGGUUGGGUCGUGGGAGAGAGCUGAUAUUUCGGUUUUACUUUGGGCAGCUCAUCAACUCGUUUGUUUGUUUGUUUUCGUUCGUUUUAUGAGCUGGGAGAAAACCCUAGUUUCGUUUCUUUGCUGUGAUUCUGCUGCUUUGAGCGGUAAAGACUUGAUUUUGAUAUGUGGGUUUGGUUUAUGAUUGAGGAAAUUCGAUAGCUUUAUGGGUUUUGGAGGGAAAUCUUAACCCUAAUUAAUUUCCCUUGUGUGUGGCUCUUCAAGGCUCACUUAUACCCUCAUUUCUGCAGCUAAAAAAGUCAGAUGGGCAGUUACUUGGUUUGUUAAUUCAUGGGAUUAUAAAUGCAAAUGAAGUGGUUACUGAAGAUCUAGGGUUUUGCUGAAUUUGCUUGUUAGUUGCAUGCUGUGUUUAACUUUCCCAUGGUUUAAAGAUGUCAUUUUAUGUGAGGAAUUUGUCUCUUACUUACCCUUAGUGAUUGCCUCUUAAAUUAUUUUCUCGUUAUAGAACAAUGUUAUUAGCAAAGAAUGCAAUGCUGUGUAAGUAGUAGAGCCAAUCCGCAUGUUAAUUUGGAAGGAAGGCAUGGCAGCUAGUCAUAAACCCUAGGUUUGUUUGCUUGCUUGCUGUGCUUUCUGCUAAAGUUUUGUGUUAUAUGGUAGUAAUCUGAUCCUCUCAUAUACUUGGGAUGAUGGCUGUAGAGUGAUUGAAGACUUUGUGAUCACAUGGAGAGAAGUGAUUGUAAUAUGGAAGAGGGGGAGAAUCAUCAAAGUAGCAAAGCUGAUCUUGUUGUUGUACAAAAGCGCAUGGAAUCUCCCAUUAAGAUUAACUCUAUAUAUAUAGAGCUCACUGCUCCUAAGGAGAAGAAUACUACUGCAGAAAAGUGCCAUCAUUUUUCUAUCCGUGGUUAUGUAUCUGAAGUCCGAGAGGAAGACAUCAACAAGUGUUGGCCAUUUGAUUCAUCAGUUGAAACCAAUACUACAGAUAAUUGUGAGGGUGAUCAUCAAGUGCUUCCUCCUUUAGAUGAACGGCUGUAUAGAUACUGGCGUUGUGAGAACUGCUCUCAGAAAAUUGGACCUGUUGAGAACAUACAGCAUUCUGCCGUUCUUCUUAAGCAUUCUAGCUCUGGUAAAAGAACUACCAGUUCUCACAUACAAACAGCAGUAGUUGCUGCUCCAAUGCUAAUGUUGACACAGAAACCCUCGGGAUUAUAUGAUGUGGAAGGAUCGAGUAAAGAUGGUGCUGAGCAUUUGCAUGAUGCCUCGAAACAUGAUCCUUUGAGCACUCAUAAUGCUGACAAUAAGUUAACGAAUUCCCCAGGAACAUCAAUUUCAGGAGAAACUGUUCGAUCAAAGCAUCAUAUGGAUGGGGAGACGGUUGUAACCGAAAUUCCUCUGAGCAAUAUGCAGAUUACUUUUCGUGCAGAUGACUCGACAGGCUGUGCGGAUCAUGAACUGGCUGCUGAUGAUCCCAGUAGGAACCUCGAUUCGAUGGUGAUCAAGGAUUCUGUUGGAACUUUUGAAACAGGAGAAGGAAACUCUAGGCAUGAAAAACACGCAGGCCUGACAGUUCGUUUAAAAUCUGUGGCUUCUGGUCAAGUUGCUGAUGCAUGCACUAGAGAGAAAGAUGAUAAUGCUAGUGCUAAAGAUACCAUGGAAGCAGGUGAUGGCUCUUCUGAAAAUGCUGAGAAAACUGCAGUCAAGAAUGAUCAUGAUCUUCAGGCUUCUCGUCGUGAUCAUUCAAGUGGUCCUCGUCGUAGAAAAACUCGAAAGAUCCGAUUACUGACUGAUCUGUUGUGUGGGAAUGGAGUACAUGGAAAUGCUGAUUCCCCCAAGACUGCAGAUUCUCUUCCCUCCAUAAAUGUCGUUCCUUAUGCAUCUGUAGAAGUUGAUGAUAAACCUUCUGGUUCCCUGAAUGAUCAAGUGGAAAUGGAAGGAACUGGUUCUGCCAAAAGGACUUUGGUUCCAUACAAGAAGCGAAAAUUUCCUCGGGAUGAUCAGUGGAGCACCCCUGAGCCGAAUCCUUCUUCAAGUAAGGUGAGCAAAGCCAGGAUUUCGAAGAAAGCUGUUGAUCAUAUUCCCAAGAAGAACAAAGCUUUGACUUCUGACUUAGUCGCAGAUGUGCAAGACAAAAUGGUCAUAAAAAGUAGUAGAAAAGGCAAUUCUAGCAAAGUUAGAGGCGAAACUAGUGCUAUGACGGGUAAGAAGGUUUCAGACACUGAGGCUGGUUUCGAUUCUGAAUUAGUUGCAGAUGUGAGAAACAAAAUGGUCCAGCAAAGUAGUACAAAAAGCAACUCAAGCAAAUCAAGAGUAGAAAAAAGUGGUGUCAUGGGCAAGAAGAAAGAUAAAAAUGUUGUGGUUGCUGAUGAGCAUCUGUCCUUGGCGCCAGCAUCUCUGGAAAAUUUUCCAACUGUAACCGAGCUUAGUAUUGGAGAUCAUGCUGGUGUGGUGGCCGAUGCCACUGGUCAUGCUGCACCAAAACGUGUGGAGAAUUCAAAUGCCGCUAGAGAGAUAGAUCUUUUCCCUCUGCGUACUCAAGAGGUUGAUGGAAAAUCUAGUUCUGUUAUGAAUAAGCAAGCGAAGCCGGGUCAGUUUGGUGAAAAUCUCAGCAUGCUUCGAGAUAAUCUAGUAGCACAGGAAGCCGAGAGUACUAUGGAAACUAGGCCUAUGCAUGGCCAAGGUAACCAAGAUUUGUCCAGUGAAAGAGGGCUUAAUCUUUCUCUUGACAUUUACACAGCCACACAUCAACCGGAAAGGCUGUAUAGUAGUGUCCAUGGCAGGCAGAGCUCUUUGUCCGGUGAGCAUAUCAGAAUGACCUCCAACGAUCGGGUUACGAGGAAAGAUGAUCAGACACAAUAUGUUGGAAUGUUUUCUUUGAGUCAUGGAUCUCAAAUGCCUCCACCUUUUGGUGGAGUACAAAGUGACGUGAGAAGGAAGCAACCCAUGCAUGGACUUUCUUUCCUUGGUGUGGCACAUAACUGUAGCUCCCAAGUCGAGGUGGGAGGUAUCCGUAUGCAGAAAAAGGACUUUGGCAGUACAAGCUCAAAUGAAAAGUCCAUUGGAAUUCAGGCACAUGCAGCUGGCAAAAGCAGGGAUAAUGACCUGAGAGCUGGUAGUCGAGCAUCUGAAGCUCCGGUUUCAGACGACAUCCCUAUGGAAAUUGUUGAACUCAUGGCAAAGAAUCAGUAUGAGAGGUGUCUUCCUGAUGCUCAAGCCGGCAGCAGUAGGGGUCAUCAGACAUUGGAUUUUGGUAACAGACACGUUGUGGCCACGCACCCGUUUUAUCAGGAGGCUCUCAGAGAAAAGCUACUGACUCAAAAUGGAACAAAUGGAAUGAUUCAGUGGAGCGAGAAGUCGAGACCACCCGCCAAACAGAAGUCAGCUGUUCAGUUUCCUGAUCAACCCCAGUUCUUCAUAAAUCAAGCAGAACAAAGUCGUCCCCCACCCUUGGGCUACGCAGAGUUCCUACGGCGCCAGAAUCCAUCAGGUGUGCCCCAAGAUUCUGCUUCUUCCGCAGGGAGGCAUAUUGGUGGUCAACACUUGCAAUGGUUACGCAACCUUUCGACGAAGGGACCUCCGGUUCAGAGUAGUUCCCACAACACAACAAGGUCAUGGAGUGAAGAAGCAAAUCGCUCGUGGCCAACUAUGGCACCAAGUCAUCUCUUACCUUUCAUGUUUAAUGACCCCAAGUUGAUGUCUCCUCCUCCUCCUCCAAGUAUCAUACGCAAGGCAACUCCAAACAUGGAUAAUGACAAUCAGAAUGCUACAAGCUUUCAGAGACAAGGUAAUAACAGCUUUGGUUCUGAAACACCAAGGAGGGAAUCACAUUUGGAGACCUCACUUGCUCGUAGGAGUAACAACAACUUGAUAGAGCUUAAUCAGAAGCCAGUGGGGAACACAGACAUAUAUUCCAACGAGUCAAUUUCAGCUAUGCAUUUACUCAGCCUCAUGGAUGCAGGACGGAGAUCCAAUGGACAAGUGAAUCAGGAAAGCCCGUCUACCUCUCGUGAUCGACAUUAUUCAGAGAUGAGAACUCUGCCAUAUGAUUAUGACGGUGAAAACCAAUUCACAAGGGGUUUCCAGCAACAUGGUUCAGCAAAUUCCCAGAGAAUCGGUUCUUCUGCUUCCUUUCAAAUUGAUAGUAGAGGUUUCAAGAAGGCCAUCGAUUUCAGCAGCCAAGUUUCUCAAGAGACAAGGAGGAGAAAAGAAGACUUUGAUUCACUUGCAGAGAACAGGCAUGGUAGUAUCCCUCAGCAUUCUGGAUAUAGUCCAGUUCAUAUUAGAAAGAAGAUUCUUGGUUCUUCAGAUUCUUCUUCUAAGGUUCCCUUUCAAAUGCAAGAAGCAUCAAAGCUCCCAUCACCAAUGGUAUACAGAUUAGAGGCGGGUUCUAAGACUAACACAACUGGUCAUCCCCAGAAACGCAUCCUGGAGCUUCAAGAAACCUGCAGAAUAAACAGGAAUCCAGCUGAUUUUAGCUAUCCAGGGCCUGGAAACCCUUACAUGAUAGGUCCAAAAGAUUUGAAAUUCCUGGAUGCAGAUGGAAGUGAGCAAAAGCGCCAGAAGAAGCUUGUUGCCAUAAGAGGACGUGGGAAACAUCAUCUGAACCUGUAGACAUGUUCCUGAUAUUUUGAUGCUGGUAAUCAAUAUAUGGUCACUUCUUGAAUACUUUUCACCAGCUUCUUCGUUCAUAUUUCUCUCUUUCUCUAACAAUAUGUUGUACUGGUUGCAGAAAGGUGAAAGCUUUGAACCUUGUGGCUGGCUGCCUUUAGCUAAAUAAAGAACAAGGUACAUACAUGAGAAGAUUUUGAAAGGAGUUAUGAGAAAUGAACUGGACAAAUGAAGUAUCAUACUGGUUUUUAGCAUGAUCGAGGUCUUUUGAUCAAAGGUGACCAAGCAAUCAUUCCUUGGGGGUGGGAAGUAUCAGAAGAAUUUGUAUAUAAUCCCCACAAAGCAAAGGUCUUGACUUUAGGCAAAGUUUGUGGUUUUUGGAGUUUCUCUUCUUGAGAUUCUAUUACAAGUAUGGUGUGUGUGUGAGAGAGAGAACUGUAGUGUACCCUGUGAGGUUUUUGGUUGAAAGAACCUCGCUUCGCUUCAUCUCUGGGAAAAAAGGGACUUCAAUGAAGGCUUUGUGCUCAACCCCCUCUGAGCAGGAAACAGAGAGAAGAGGAUGAUGUUAUGUUUUGAUGUUGGAAAACAUUUAGAAGCUGACUUGUUUGAAGGAGCCAGCCAUACAGAACAAAAAAACAGUUGUAGAAUUUAGUCUUGAUGUUGUUGUUGAUGAAGAUGUAGUUGUAAUAGCAGCAGCAGCAGCAGCAGCCCAGUAGUAUGUUAUUAUGCUGUCAGAAAGGCGAAUAAGUUUGGAGGGAGUACUUUUAGUUGUAGCUAGCUAGCUGCUGGAAAAGCUUGUUAAGAGAUCAGGUUAAUGAUGAUCUGAAUGAAUGUUUGAUUCAUCAUAGUGAACCUUUUCCUAUCACUUUGGUAGUCUCCUCUUGCUUGCUUCUUAUUUUCACUCCUUUUCCCGGGAAAUAUAUGAUGAUGUUCCACUUUUCUAUUCCAGAAUGGCUAAACGUCGCUCCAACUUUUACUGAAUACCGCCCUAACUUUUGCCCUCGACUUGUUGGCUUGCGCUCCAGACGUUUUAAAUACCAAACGAGCUUUUAGUACAAUCCAAUUCAGCCAUUCCGGCAUAAAACUAUUGUUUUUAUUUAACCACUUAAAAAACGUCCAGAAGUGCUGAAAACCUUUAAUUUAAAACCUCGAUCGUUAUUUACUCGAGAUGUAGCGUCUUAAUCCAAUUGAUCAGCAACUCAAACCCAGCACGAAGCCAAGUUUAUGAUCAUCAUGAUAUUACAAACAAAGAAAGCUAAGGGCAUAUAUGUAUACUAUUAUUAUGACACAUCCGCACUCUUUGUCCGAUCAGUACUUAUAAUUCCGACGCUGCCUGCUAGCUUUCUGAUUUGCUCCUCUCUGUGUAUCUUCUUUACAAGCUGACCAUUCCGCGAAGCAUGCAUGCAUGCACGCGCGCAUUACUUGGGUUAGCGCUUAAAUUUGAUCGACCUGGCCGCCGUUCUUGUUUUCUCAGUAGCUAUGCAUACGAUCGAUGAGAAAAACAUAAACUUCACCCACACUACUGAUCUCUAGCCAUAAGCUCGAAUGACAUGCGUCGAUAAAUAGCUGCAUGCAUGCAUGCAUGCUGGUGAUCACUCCAGAUUGCAAAAGAGACGAGCGAGUUACGUUAUUGAACGGCACGUACACUUGGAAUUAAUGUGUUAAUUAUACUCCUAGUUGUUAGAGAGUGCUAUAAGAUCCAACAUAACCUUUUCCCAACAACUCGAGUUAUUGGGAUCAACUGGUUAUUGACACUAGUUGUAUUAGGACAUGGAAAGGUUACCAUGCAUAAAACCCUAUAUAUUGUAACGUGUCGUGCGUUGAGGUUUUAAGCCGUUCAUAAUAUUAUAACACGAGAGGAGACUAGCUAGCUAGUGUCAUUCUAACAGUACCACGUUAAUUUUGUUUGUGUGUUCUUGCAUUUCGUUUUAUAUUUUGACAUGGUAUCGGAGUAUUCUGUGGUCAAAAGGUCAUGUGUGUUCGAAUCCUGGUGAUCUCCAUUUGUGAAGCACAUGGUAUUCUUGUAUUCAGAUCCGUGCAAAUGAAAGCCCUUAUGAAUUGACUGACAUUCAUUUGAGACGGUGUAUAUUAGUGAGUGGCAUAAGAUUCAUUAUUGAACCUCUCCCAACAACUCGAGUUAUUGGGAUCAACGGGUUCUUUACAAAGCCACCUCCGAAACCAGCUCUGUUUUCGGGUACGUGCCGUUGAGAACUCGGCAGUCUUUCCGGUCAUUCCAUACGACAUAAGAGUUGUACAUAAUACACCUGGUGCCGUCGUCGUGGCACUGAAGCGGUGGGUCAUGCACCACCCCAAUUGAUUGUUAUCUUCUCGAAAAAUAAAAUUAUCGUUAUUAUUUUUGUUCAAUACGAUGGUCUUAUAGUGUAAGCAUGCAAGUCAACUGUUUUGUACUUUUUUUUUCAGCUACUCUAAUAUUUUUUUAAAAUAAUUAUUUCAGAGCUCAUAGAUACGAUACUUGUAAUUAUGUGUUCAUGAUUUUAUAAUGGUGUCCAACGAAUAAUUGCCCACAUUUUAGAUGUAGAACAGUUGUGAAAUUAAAAUUUUGAAUAAUUAUGGUACUUUUUUUUUAUAAUUGAAGCUAUUUUCUUCAAAGAAAAAAAUCAAGAAAAGUUACCAAAUAGACUACCAAAUACAGAGACUCAAAAUAAAAAAGAAAGAGCAACAAGGAAAGAGGCACAAAAUAGAAUGAGAAAAAAAAAGAAAAUGGCAGGUAAGGUGGACAUUGACUAACGGUCAACAGGUUUGACCGUCUAAUUUGACGGUCAAACCCGCCUCCAGGGCAAAUGAGAAAGUUUGCUACAUAGUUCAGACCGGAAUAGCAAUUUUCAAUACCACGGGCCAAAAUAGAAAGUAUGUGUAUAGUUCAGGCCAAAUUAAGAUAUUAACCCUACUUAUAUUCAGCCAAUCCAUAAAUGAUAUUGGAAGUUCUUGUUGUGUUUCAUUUAUUUUGUAUAGAUAUUAAAUUGGUUUGGUGGAGCAUUUAAUAACCCAUAACCAGUUAACCACCCAAGAGCCCAAAACACAAUGAAGUUAAAGUCCAAGUCAGGCCCGUGAAAUUAAAGUCCAUCAACACCCACUUUUCCCCUGAGCCUUCCCACCACCGUCACCGCUUGGAUUCCUCGCCGCCGGCCAUUUUCUUCUUUCUCCUUCUCUCACGCCCACUUCCUCUCCCUGUUACGACUAACUCAACCUUACCGCGAACCGGCACCGGCGCACACCCGUUCAUUCCGGCACUCAUUACCUCAUCCCCCGACCUCCGCAUUCAUCAGUUCACCAACCGUAUGAGGAAAUGCCUCAAAGAAGUAGCUGAAAUCGGCGACGGCUGAUUCCGGCAGCUGGGUUGGGCUUGGAUCCUUCCUUCCGGCGGGUAGUUUGUUGGUCAAGGUUGAGCAACUUUUCCCCCUUUAGUAAAACCGGUUUGUGGCU